UUUUCUUGCUGACCAAGCAUACCAGCCACGCCCUUCCUACUGCAAACAGUCUCGCAGUUGUGCCGCAAGAGGACGCACAGACAGAAGCGGCGGACUGCAGCCAAAAGGAACCUAGGAGUGGUCACUUGUUGGGAAUGGUUCUUCCCAGAUAUUUCUAACGUGUUUCUCGUACCAGACAUUCUUUCCUUUUCCGAGAGGGAAGAAGAGGACUGACGGAAGAGAAGAAAUGUUUUACGACGGUCUCCAUUUUCUGAAGGGCCUUCCCAGUCCAGAGGGUGUGUGGGAGAGAGUUCAGCUCAUUGGAGAAGGCAACUAUGGAGAGGUGUACAAGGCAAGAAAUGCCCUCACUGGCGAUGUUGCAGCUGUCAAGGUGAUGGAAGCCAAUCUGGACAAAGAAGAGGACAUCAAAGCCGAGUUGAACGUUUUCCAAAACCACUCUCAGCAUCCCAACAUUGUCAGUUUCUUGGGAGCUUUUCUCUACAGAGACCAGCAGGCAGAUGAUCACCUCUGGAUUGUUAUGGAGUAUUGUAGUGGAGGGUCAGUCACGGACCUGGUCAAGAACAUGAGGGCCAAGGCAGAGAAUCUUCCGGAAGACCUCAUCUCCUACAUCCUGAGGGAGGUGCUGGAGGGACUUAGCUACCUCCACAGGGCACACGUCCUCCACAGGGACGUCAAGGGGCAAAACGUUCUCCUCACGAGCGACGCUAGAGUGAGACUCAUCGAUUUCGGGAUAUCUGCAGUAGUUGAAAACACCAUGGGGAGGAGGAGGACAGGGAUAGGCACUCCAUAUUGGAUGGCCCCUGAGGUGAUAGCGUGUGAGCAGCAGCCAGAGUACGACUAUGACCUGAGGGCAGACGUCUGGUCUCUCGGGAUAACCGCCAUCGAGAUAGCCGACAGCACUCCUCCGCUCUUUGGAGAACACCCCAUGAGAGCCCUCUUCAAAAUCGCCAAAAACAAGGCACCCAAAGUUCAAAACCCCAACCGCUGGUCAAAGAGGUUCAACGGAUUUAUUGCAAGUUGUCUGGUGAAAGAUUUCGAGCAGAGACCCACUUCAUUCGACAUGCUCACCCAUGAAUUUGUCAGAUUUGUCCCACGAGACCCAAGAGUGCUGCGUCGUAAGCUGGGUACUCUGAUAGACAUGUACCAACCAGGCGAGAGGAAGGAUGGCUUCAGUGAGUCCUCCAGCUCUGUGUCUGGAGCUGACACCAUCAAAAAAGAGCUAAAGUUGCUUGCGACGUCAAGGAUGGUGGACGACCUUGCAUCGCUAGAGGUCAUGGAUGAGAGUGUGUUGGUGUCUCAGCUGUGGAAGCGCUACCAGAGGAGGCUCAUUUACACAAACGUGGGGGACAUCCUCAUUUCCAUCAACCCUUUCCAAAAGAUGGACAUUUACAAUGAGAAAAUUGCUAAAGACUACCGCGGGGCCUAUCGGGGACAGCUUCCUCCGCACAUCUUUGCAGUGGCCGCUGUGGCCUACCACGACAUGUUGCAGGAGAACAGGGACCAGUGCUGCGUCAUAUCAGGUGAGAGUGGGGCAGGGAAGACAGAGGCAUCGAACAUUCUGGUUCAGCAGUUCAUGAGACUCGGCCGGGCUGAAACAAAAGUUCUGGAGGAGAAGAUAUUAAAGGUCAAUCCAUUGGUGGAAGCAUUUGGAAACGCACGUACCAUCAUCAACAACAACUCUUCGCGGUUCGGCAAGUACCUAGAGCUACACUUUACAGCCGGAGGCCGCAUUGUCGGGGCUCACCUCUCUGAGUACCUUCUUGAGAAAUCCAGAGUAGUCUCACAGCAGAGGCGAGAGAAAAACUUCCACAUCUUCUACUACCUGGUGGCCGGGCUGAGUGCCCGCAAGCUAUUGGCCAGGUACAGGCUGAAGGGAGUCCACCACUACUUGGAGCAGAGGGGCACAGCGAAAGGGAGUGCCAAGAGCAACGCCGUCUCUUCCGAGAGGUUCGAGGAGAUUGAGAAGAUCUUUUGCCUCUUUGGAUUCAGCAGUGAGGAGUUUGAGCAGGUCUGCUCCAUUCUUGCUUCCAUUCUCAACAUUGGAGACAUUCGAAUCGAGGGCGACUUUCACUCGCACAUCGGUGAAGUCAGCACCAUUUCCAACAAGAUCAAACUCGGCGAUGUUGCUCAGCUCUUGUGUCUGGAGCAAGAGCACCUGGCCAAGGCCUUCACCAGUACCCACGUGAUAACCCAUGGGGAGACCAUCGUGAGACCCAACACUGUGGAGCAGGCCAUAGACAUACGAGAUGCCAUGGCCAAGGCACUCUACGGGAGGCUGUUCAGUUGGAUAGUCAACAAGAUCAACCCUGAGCUGCACUCUGGCAGGAAGGGGAACGUGAGGAGUGUUGGGAUUUUGGACAUUUUCGGGUUUGAAAACUUCAGAGUCAACUCGUUUGAGCAGCUGUGCAUCAACAUUGCCAACGAACAGCUACAGUUCUACUUCAACCAGCAUGUGUUUGCCUGGGAACAGGGUGAAUAUGAGCAGGAGGGGAUAGACAUAAAGCGUGUGGGAUAUGAGGACAACAGGCCUUUACUGGAACUACUUUUGACACGUCCAAUGGGCUUGCUGGCUCUUCUGGACGAAGAGAGCAAGUUCCCUCGAGCCAGCGACCUCUCUCUUGCUGUCAAAUUUCACGGAAACUUUCAAACUUUGCGGUACUACAACAAACCCAAAGAUGGCGGACCCACUUUCACCAUUCUGCACUAUGCUGGUCCUGUGACCUACGAGACUCUGGGGUUUCUGGAGAAGAACAGGGACACCCUCAAGCUGGACGUGUCUCAGUUACUGAGAACCUCAGAGAACCCCAUAGUCCAGGUCCUGUUCCAGACUCCGUUGUCUCGCACAGGAGGUCUGUCUCCGGCAUCCACCGUCAGCAAGGCGCCACCGAGUGCCACUCCACUCUUCAGUCGCAAGGCACCUCCAAUGUACUUUGCAUCUGCAGAGAGAGGAUAUCCUCACUCUAGGCUGGCUCGUGGACCGCACAGCCCUCGUGGCCGCACCCCUCUCUCCUCAGGGGGGACAGUCACCAGCAAGUCCUCUCAAACAGUCUCCACCUACUUUAUAAACUCUCUGAGGGAUCUGAUGUCCAAGAUGCUGAAUGGGACACCCCAUUUUGUCAGGUGUAUUCGACCCAAUGAGUUGAAGAGCCCGGACUUUUUCCAGCCAGACAAGGUCCUGGUUCAGCUGCGGUACACUGGAGUCCUUGAGACCACCCGCAUCAGGAGAGAGGGGUUCUCUCAUCGAAUACUCUUUCAAGAUUUUAUCCAGAGGUACAAAGUGAUACAUUUCAAGAUGACGCAGAGGGUGUCUGCCACGCCAGCCAGCUGCGUGUGCAUCCUCAACAAGACUGGACUAAAGUCCUGGGCAGUGGGAAAGACAAAGAUCUUCCUGAAGUACUAUCACGUUGAGAAGCUGGGGAAGCUCCUGGCCGGCUAUGAGAGAGCUGCCGUGGUUGCUCAGAGAGUGGUGCGAGGCUGGCUGGCCAGGAAGAGAGUAGCUUUACUGAGGGAGGAAAAGAGGCACAGAGAUGCUGCGAAGAUACAGGCUGCAAUCAGGUCAUUCCUGGCAAAGUGCCACUAUCAGAAGAUCCUGGACCACAGGAACCACAACGCCACCACAAUUCAAAGAGUCGUGAAGGGCUGGCUGUGCCGGAAGCAGUUUGCAAAGCUGAAAGCAAGGCAAAGAGCGGCUAUUGUGAUUCAAGCAGUGGUUAGAUGCUGGUUGGCCAAGCGGUUGUUGUGGAGGAUGAAGCAAGAAGCAAAGCAAAGAAAAGAUGGUUAUUAUUUAUGUGCCUCAGACCCCUUUCUAUGUAAUAAUUUUCGGGAUGUGCAGCAUUCCAGGCCGGCUGUAUACUGAUUCUGUAGUAGAUCUGGAGAUACGCAAUACAAUGCUCUUGCAAAGCAUUGUAAGACCACCCAUUCAAUGAAGAAACAAGCUACUUUUCCUGUGAACAGAGUGUUUGUGAAUGGCUCAUGAGUACACAUGUACUGACUAUAUGUGCGAAUGUGCAAUGGGGCCCAUUAGAAUCCUUUCACCAGUGGUAUAGUUGUGGAAUGUCCGCGCAUUCACCACUGUGUGUGCAUAUGCAUGUGUGU